AUGCACAACAAGGCGGCGCCGCCGCAGAUCCCGGACACCCGGCGGGAGCUGGCGGAGCUCGUGAAGCGGAAGCAGGAGCUGGCGGAAACACUGGCAAACUUGGAAAGACAGAUCUAUGCUUUUGAAGGAAGCUACCUGGAAGACACUCAGAUGUAUGGCAAUAUUAUUCGUGGCUGGGAUCGGUACCUGACCAACCAAAAAAACUCCAAUAGCAAAAACGAUCGAAGGAACCGGAAGUUUAAGGAAGCUGAGCGGCUCUUCAGUAAAUCCUCAGUGACUUCAGCAGCUGCAGUGAGCGCGUUGGCAGGAGUUCAGGAUCAGCUCAUUGAAAAGAGGGAGCCGGGAAGCGGGACGGAAAGUGAUACUUCUCCAGACUUCCACAAUCAGGAAAAUGAGCCCAGCCAGGAGGACCCUGAGGAUCUGGAUGGAUCUGUGCAGGGAGUGAAGCCUCAGAAGGCUGCUUCUUCUACUUCCUCAGGGAGUCAUCACAGCAGCCAUAAAAAACGAAAGAAUAAAAACCGGCACAGCCCGUCUGGCAUGUUUGAUUAUGACUUUGAGAUUGAUCUGAAGUUAAACAAAAAACCACGAGCUGACUAUUAGAAGACUCAUUAGUGCAGAAGCUUCCAGGCUAUAGAGCCCUGCUUCCCUCCUCCGACCUCACAAAGAUAAAUAUCCCUCACCUGAGCGUGCGGCCACCCACCUCUGCUUUCCCAGACCCAGUGCCUGUGACUCUGAAUAGUUUGUUCUGAACCGUGGUGACAAGUCAUUUCUGUAAGACCACAUUGGAUCAUUUACUUUGUGUCAUUUUUGGUAACAGAACAGCAAGAAGACCAAGACGUGGUUACAAUUCCAGCAAGUUGCUAACUGUGCGUUUUUCCCUUCUUGGAAUGAGUGUCUCCCCCCCUCCCCCCCCCCCAACUGGCUGGCACCAGCUUCUUCGUCUGUGAUACCCAUUGAGACAUGUUCUCCGGUUUUGUUUUAUGCCGAAAGUAGAACAUAGGUCACAUUUCAGAGGGAGGCUGUAAAUAUCUGGCAUUUUCCUAUUUGGUUUGUGUUUUAUUAUUUUUCUAUUGUUUUUACCAUCUUCUUUUCUUUUGGGACUUUUUGUAAUGCCGUUGUACAGCUCAUACCUUCCUGCUGGCAUAUCUGAUCGUCCGCUUCGCACAGUUGCCACUACUUUUAACAGAGAAUGAUCUGGUUUACCAUAAAUAAGAUGGGAAACGCGGCUCUGUGUUUUUUUUUUGCAGGGGAAAGGUAAAGAGUGUUUAUUUAAUAAUUACCUAUCUUAAAUCUUUCUGCGUUGGAAGCAGUUUCAUGUUCAAGGAACAGGAAAAGCUGAAAGACCUAAGUUUAAAUCAAUCCUUUUAAAAUAUUUUUAUUCUUUUAUAUAAAUAAAAUUUCACAGGUGUUGACUUCUCAUGCUUUACUUUUAAACCUGAGAUUGUUUUUUCACUUAUUUUAUUUAUUCAUAUCAUGCCUGAUGGAAAUUUCUUUCAUUCUCCAUUUUUCUCUCUUUGCUGGUAUCUGCCUGAUUAAACGUUGCUCUAAAGAUCAUUAAGGCAUAUGGAAAGGCUCUCAGUUGCACCCAAAGCCAGUAAUGUAUGGAGUUCUUGAGCAGAGUGAAAGAUAGGAUCCGCGAGAGCCAGCGAUGCCCGGCAGACCCCCUUCUUCACCGGGCCGGCCAGGCUGAGGAUCUUGCCGAUUUGUUGAACUGUCGCCUGCCUCUUGAGUGGUGCUCUACCUCGGCUGCUCACUGGAAUCACCUGGAGAGCUUAAAGACCUACCGAUGCCUGGGCCCUCCCCCCACCAGAGACUCUGACUGGGGUGCAGUCUAGUUUUGGGGCUUUCCUUCCAAAGAGUUCCUGGGAUUCUGAUAAGAAGCCAGGUUGCGAACCACUGCAUUAGGAGUGUUUGAUUGAAAUCCUAUGUUGCGAAUCAGUCUGUGGGAUAAGAUUUGGGGCCCCACCUUUCCUUUGAUGCUGUUUAGUCAUAGUCCUUGAUUUAUGCCCAUAUCUUUGUUAGAAAAAAUAUGUUCCAUUGUGAUAAUAUUGGUAGAGCUGAAUACGGAUGGCAUCUGUUAUCAGAAUGAGUCUACCUUGUCGGAUGUGCAAACGCUUUCAGUCUUGUUCUCAAAUAAACUUUUUUUUUUUUUUUGACUCUGUGG